UUAAUUUCCCUACAAUAUUAAUUUUUUGGUUUAGAAAUUGCAAGAUAUUUCAAUUAAAUAAAAUUCGAGAUAAAAAUUAGUUUAUACAUAACAAAAUACUAAAAAACAAAAUUAAAAUAAAACGUGCUAAAGAGAAAAAUAAAAACGCAAAACGAAGGUGCUUUUCCUUGUGACGACAUUGACACAUAAUUAUUAUUAUUAAUCACACAUCAGACGAGAAAGACUGUUGUUAUUGCUGUUCCUAAUUAAAUUACAAAAAAGCUAAUGUAGAGCAACUAAAAUAUUAUUAAAAAAAUUAAAAAAGGAAGAUAAUUUAAAAAGAAAUUAUAAAGAAAAUAUCAAAGAAAGAAUAAGAAAAAGAGAGGCCAUCCAUAUUAAAAAUUAAAAAAAAAAAUAACUAUUUCGUCAUUGCUAUUUUCGUCAAUUGAACAUAAAAAUAACAAAAAUACAACAGCAAAACAAUAAUAAAAAAACACAUUGAGAGUUUAAAAGACUGAGAAAGAAGAGAACUGAGUAGGAUUGUGAUUACGUGCUCUGGUCUGAAGAAGAAUAAUUGUAACAAUAAGAAAUUAUUAUUUAAUAAAAACUUAUUAAAAGCAAAACAAUUUGCAAUAUUACAUCAAAACAACAUUUGCUAGUAAACGUAUUACAAUCCAUUCAACCAUGGCUCAGGCAACAGCAACAACAACAGCUGGCACCACCAACACUGUUGAGGAGGUGUCAUCAUCACCAUUAGCUGGUUUCGAUAUGGAUGAUAUAAAACAUUGUUUUGAAAAUCUAAUUGUUAUCGAUGCAGGAGCAAAUCUUACUAAUAAAAAAUAUAGUCGAGACCUGGACUCGGUAAUACAAAGAGCAAAAGAUGCCGGUGUCCAAAAACUUAUGGUACCUGGCACUUCUGUAAAAUCCAGCAAGGAAGCCCUUCGUCUCUCCCGCAUUUAUCCCGAUUUUAUUUACUCGACUGCUGGCAUACAUCCACACGACUCUAAAUCAAUCAUCGAAGAUCCUAGUAGUUGGUUUGAAUUCCAAGAAAUUGCCGCCUCCCAAGAGUGUGUAGCAAUUGGUCCCUGUGGCUUGGAUUAUCAGAGAGAUUUCUCUGAUCCCGAAAGUCAAAAGGAAAUAUUUGAAAAACAACUACUAUUGGCUUGUAAUUUGGGCAAAUCGAUUUUGAUACACGAACGUUCAGCCCAACAAGAUGUACUCGAUAUAUUAGACAAAUUCGAGAAUUUGCCACCGGUGAUUAUUAGAAGUUUUAUGGGCACUGCUGAGGAAGCCAUUAAAUAUUUGGACAGAAGGUUCUAUAUUAGUUUAACUGGUUAUUUAUGCAAGGACAAAUCAGAUACCGGCGUACGACGCCUGCUCGACAAUGGAACCUUACCUUUAGAUCGUUUAUUGGUUGAAACCGAUUCACCUUUCAUGUAUCCCAAUACCAGAGCUUCAAAGCUACCACAACACGUUAAGACUGGCAUCACAGAACGCUCUCUAUUGUACUUACACAGAUAUUGUACAUUUCAACGUAAUGAACCCUGUAGUUUGCCCGCCAUUGUGGAAAUGAUAGCUGCCUUUAUGAAAAAGACCCCCGAUGAAGUAGCUCUGGCUACGGCUUUUAAUGCUUUAAAACUUUUUGGUCUUUCUUAAAUUGCUUUUUAAGGCAACAUUUGAAGUUCAGGAAAGUGGUGAUGCAAAGGUUUUUUUUAUACUUUCUUUUCUUUUUAAAUAAGUGCCAAAAACACACACACACACAUUUAAAACGACAACAACAACUUUUACACUAAUUAACACUAAUUUGAAAUGUUUUUUGUUUUUUUUUUUUAAAUUGCUUAGCAAAAAUUGUAGAAAAAAACAAAACGCAAUACGAUUUAAAAUCUUUAAAAAAAGAAAAAAAAACAAACAAAAAAAUCGAGACUAAACAAGUGCCUUAAGAGAAACAGUGAAAUCAAACAUAA